AUACCGAAACGUCAAAAGGAGUACCGCUAUGACUGUGUAUGUGCGUAGCUCACUGUCCAUUGCUCAAUGAAAAAGACCCGUUGCUCGACACAGUCUGUGUUACGCGUUGUAAAUAGUUCCUACGUACAGAGUAAAGUGAGUAAUUGCGAGGACGACGGCGUAAAAAGUUACAUUGACACGGCAUUGAAAAACAAAUUGAGGAAGUAUUAUUCCAACUAGAAUUCGCUACCUUGAAUUCGUUGGAGAUCGUAAUUAGUGUUGAGCUGCUUCAUACUACCGUCAGUCCAAGGUGUACAUUGCGAGAUCAUUGUCCAAGCCUCCCUGCGCCAUAAGUGUUAUAUGGUUAGCGGCCACCCGGAAUAGACCUGAAAACUUUCUCUAAUAUGUAGUGUAAUUUGUGCAGAUUAGGAAUAAUAUACUAGGAUUGUUUUUGUUAAAUAUUGCAGCAUUCUGUCUUAAACAGAUCCCGUUGGAGUUUCUGUUUGAUCAAGAUACGAUUGUGAAACGAAACGAUACGCAGAUGAACGUGGCUGGCAUACGCAGGAACAUCAAAAACCUUGCACACAACUAUUCCGAUGCUCAGAUUAAAGUUCGCGAGGCAACCUCCAACGAUCCAUGGGGACCAUCAUCGACCAUCAUGGCGGAGAUUGCCGAUCUCACCUACAACGUCGUAGCAUUCUCGGAGAUUAUGCAAAUGAUCUGGAAGCGAACAAAUGACCACGGUAAGAACUGGCGCCACGUGUACAAGGCACUGCUUCUGCUGGAGUAUUUAAUUAAAACGGGUACCGAGAAGGUGGCGCAGCAGUGCAAGGAAAAUAUUUAUGCCAUCCAGACACUAAAUGAUUUCCAGUACAUGGAGGAGGGCAAGGAUCAGGGGAUGCAUGUUCGGGAAAAGGCGAAACAGUUGGUGCAACUGCUGAAGGAUGACGAACGAUUGAAAAAUGAGCGAGCGCGGGCGUUGAAAGCAAAGGAACGUUUUGCCCGGACGGCUAGCGGAUUUGGGUCGGAUGGUUCGAUAGAUGGACCUGUCCAGAAAGACUCACGUCCUCCUAAUUGGGGCGAGGGAGAACCAACCGGAAAACCUGUAUCGGAGAUCGAAUUCGUUAGACCACAAACCGUGGGAGAGGAAGAAUUACAAUUACAACUAGCUAUGGCAAUGUCCCGCGAAGAGGCCGAACAAGAGGAACAGAAACGGAGAAGUGAUGAUGUUCGGUUGCAGCUUGCACUUAGCCAAAGUGAACAGGAUUUUAAGAAAGACACUCCUAAACAAUCCGAUAGUGCCCUUGUUGAUUUGCUGGACAUUUCAUUCGGCGCAGCUAGUAUUUCCAGUCCAUUGCACCAGGCGGGACCAUCAACUAGUAGUGAUCCAUGGGGUUUGCCAGUCGCUGGAGGAUCCCGGCCACAGACUACUGACCCUUGGUCACGAACUUCAUCGCCGCCGGUAGUAGAUCCUUGGUUGAACAGCGCCUCUGCUUUACCUCCCCCGGCAUCUAAACCUCCAUUGAUGGCUGGUGCUGUAGGCGGUCUGGACGCAUGGGCUCCGGUUCGAACACAAUCCCCGUCGGUGACAUCCGGUUCGUCGGUGGAAGGUUGGCUUCAAAAUGGUGCGGGAGCGGCAGCACCUAUCGGGACUAACGGAAAUGUUGAUCCGUGGCUAAACAAAUCAGUCAAUCCUAGUGCGCCAUUGACUGACGCGUGGCAACCAAAACGAACUACACCAGUGCCUACGGCUGAUCCCUGGCAGCCAAGUUUAAACACAACUAAACACGAUCCCUGGGCACCAGUGGCUGGAAGUGCUGAUGGAGCGUUUGCUCUUCCUGCCACCCGACCCUCUCCUGUGGGAGCCAUCACCUCGCCAGCUUCAGAUCUUGAUGAGUUUGACAUUAUCACCAAGAGGAGCAACACCAUCAAUUCUGUGAACAACAACCUAAACAAUAAUGGUUCCCUAUUGGACGACCUGGACCCGCUAUCCUCGAGUAAUACCUCCAGUUCGGCCAGUAAUUCAGUAUCAGCUCCGUCGGCAACGAAGAAAACUCCAGCAUCGUUCCUAGGCGAAAACUCCGCGUUGGUGAAUCUAGAUAACCUGAUUAAACCCAUCUCGACGACAACUGGAGGUCCGAGUGGAGCGGCGGCCUACAAUCCAUUCGGGGAUUCGGCACCGGUUCAAAAGAAUCUAUUUCAACAAAAUCAACCCCAGGUACCGUCCAUCAAUCAGCUGAAACAAUCGCCCUUCCCAGUGACACUGAACCAAGACCCAUGGGCGCCAGUUAAUCCUGCAGCCGCGGCGCAAUAUGGGGAAAAUGAACUUAACUUCGGAUUGAGCUCCUCUACUAAUGAUGGCUCCUCGUUCGCAAUACCCGAUCAAACUGACGCUAACAAUAACAAUGUCAACAGCGAUGUUGUCAAUAAUGAUUAUAAAGCCCCGAUCGGGUUUAAGGAGAAUAUCACACUCCACACUGAUUAUCUUCCGCCGGCUCCGCACGUUAUUAAACGCUCCACUGACGAAGUGUUAGAACUCAGUGCUAACCAAAAGAUUCCUUCGUAUCCAAUUCCGUAUAACAACGCGGACCUAAAUAAUCUAUAUGAUUUUGGCUUCGCCGUUAAUGAUCAAUGUGAUACUAAUGCUUUUAAGACUAACCAUAACAACGUUAACAACAACAGUGCUCCUUGGAUGAACCCACAAUCAUCGAAUCCAUUCCUAUCGUAAGAACAAGCAAGAGAACAGGGCAACGGUUCAUCAAACAUCCAACCAAAUCAUUAAUAGUGGUUACAAAUUUGGAACAUCGUGAAACGCGAAAUGACGGAUACUUACUCACCCAUACAGACACCGUAUAAACCACACACAAAACGAUUGUAGAUUCAUACCUGGUUUGAUCAACGAAAUUUUUUAUUAGCCCCAAAUCAUGUAGAGAGGAAUGAAACCAAAUAAAAAAAAUAAUUGUGAAACACGACAUUUCUUCGAGGCCCUGACUGAUAGCCGUCGCAAAGGUAAACACUAAAUCGUGACAGAACACACUCAAUACACACCCAUAGAACGGCUGAUAAAUAGAACUAGAUGGAAACAUGCCUUAUUAAUUGUCUAACGGAAAAUAGCUGAUACAAGAUACACGGUCAACUUAAUAGAAACGCUAGCAAACCUGAGAAGGUUUUCUAGCUACUAAAUGCAGUAAAAAAACUGAAGAGCUAUUAAGGGUUACCUAAAUUUGUAGAUUUGGUAUAAGAUCGAUCAUAGAUUUUUUUUUCGUACUGACUAGGGAACAAACUAAACCAGAUUUUGAACGAUUUUGCAUGAAAAAUAUAAAACAAAAAAGUAUCUUGCGUAAAUGUGAUAGCUGUUACCACACCUUUUUUAUAAAAAUAAAAAUAGAAAUCGCAACCACGAACUCUAGUACUAAAAUACAAUUUCACGAACCUUACAUUCUGCAUCUCAAUGGCAAUUUAAAAUGUGUUUUAAAUCAUACAGCGUACCGUGAGUAUUCUUCUCGCCUUGAGAUAGUCGAAUUAGCUCGUAAAAUUGUCUUUUGCAACUAAUGGGCCUCGUUAUUGAAACUAAAAGAAUUGGCAUUGUUUUUCUUUGCGGCUUAAUGUCGAAUAGUUUUGUAAAGUGCUGAGCACGUCCAGAUACGAUCCCCCCGGGAGAAUUAGACAGAUGGUUUCAUGGUUUCGGGUAAAUCAAAUGAAGAGUUUGGUAACAAUCACUUGACGCGAUUCAGCAGGAGUUCUGUCUGUUUAUAUAAAUAUGCUGCUACUCGUAGAACAAAGGAAUGCUUCGCUUAGUGUCCAAUAGUCGAAUCGGAGCUGUAUUUUGAGGAAAUAAAGAACAAAAUGCACCCUUUCGCAAUGUGCGACCCAAAACAAAAAAAACAGAGGUUAAGUGACAAAGUAUUGCCCCCCUAUUUUACACACAAAUUGAAUCAAAUCAUAUUUUCGUUUAUUCGUUCGGGGAAGAGAUGUAACAGACUUUGUUCGUAUUUAUUCUAAACGAUAUCUUAUCACCCUUAUAAGGUGAACAUGCUUGAUUGAAACUAAUGAUAAAAUAUAUUAUAUUUUUUGUUAAAGCUAUGUACCAACUAAUAAAAGUUUAAAAAAUAUUUUUGCAAAACCUCAUUUUGAAACGGAAAACAGUGUAUGUAUACUGAAAUUUGGACACCUAGGUCGGAACACCUGUUUAUCAAUCUAUCGAGCAAAUGAGUUGGUCAUGAUGAAAGAGGUAAUAUUUUCACUACAUUUAAGUUAACAAAUUUGUAUAGAAGGAACAAUGAUUAUAUAGAAUGGCAGAAUAAAAUUAUAUAUAUAUUUUUUAAAAUAAACUGAAUUGAUUUUAAUA